GGCACACAUCCCUCUUGCCUUCAGUGUCGAACCCACACCAUUUAUAGCCUCGCAGUAACCUACAAUCUUAUUAUGAGAUUUAACUUUGCCCUAACUGGACUUGUGGAUGAGCAGUGCUCUAGUCCCGCUCCUCAACUCAACUAAUAAAUGACUGGAAAUAGUUAUAAGGCGCUGUCGCUCGCGUUAUGACAGACAAAACUACUCUGCCAUGUCUCUGUCUGUGCGGAAUACAUAAAGGCUCUGCCUUGAAUUAAUCACUCGCUCUUUAAUGGAUCUUUGAGGAUCGCGCUUGACGCAGUGAGGAGCUGCAGCUCUUUGUAUUCCGAGGCCAAGAGGAACCUUGUGCUUUUUUUGCCCCCGUCCGGUAUCUACUGCCUCUUAGAAAAUGUCAAGGGGGUACAUGGUGACAUAGGGACCCUGGUUUGGUUACGGAGAGACUCUUGCUUCGCUCUGCGAAAGAGUUCAAGACUACAGCGGCACAGAUGCGGUGCGUUUCUUUUCAACCAAGCGUCAACAAAGAUCAGUUCAAGGGGAGAUUCCGAGCAUCAUUAGUUCGGGACAGGCCAGCUACUGAUGGUGGAUCUCAGACAUGCGUGUGAUCACUAGACAGUUUAACCGGGGCGACGCCAAUGGGCAUGAGGAAAUAAUAGGCUUUGUCCUGCAAACAAAUGAAUCCGAAGUACCCCGAAUUGGCACAACGCUGCUUACUUAUCAGCAAGGGUCUACCUCUGGGCCCAUAAAUGAGACUAAAAUGGUGGGAGAGAAGAAAAGACAAGAGGAUGAAAUCCAUCAACAAUGCUCUUCCCUGGGGAAAUAAGCACAGGCCAUUUUGAAUUGGUGAAACACUACAACAGCUCUCCAUUGAAGAUUUAACCUGUAUAUCCAUAAGCUAUGGUCAGUGGGUUGGGAUAUCAGUGCAGACACCCCCAACUCAUGUGAAAUCUUCCUCUGGACCAGAGACUGAACUUUUUGUUCCUUGGUUAAAGGGAAAGGGUUUAUUAUCCUGCUCAAAUACUGUGAGGCUCCAUCCAGCCUAGUUUAAACUCAAGUGGUACCCCCAAGCAUCACUCAUGGCUUCCAGGAGGGCAUCAGAGGCUUGUUAUGGAGGCAUGGUAAAGAGUGCCUUCUUCUGGUCUGUGGCCAUAAUAUGUCUGACUUACAUGGGUGGAGUGAAGGGAGACUGCUGGCUCAUAGAAGGUGAAAAGGGCUUUGUAUGGUUGGCCAUAUGCAGCCAAAAUCAGCCACCCUAUGAGGCCAUCCCUCAGCAUAUCAACAGCACCAUAGUGGACCUUCGCUUGAAUGAGAACAAGAUCAAGAGUAUCCACUACUCUGCCCUCAGCCGCUUUACCAACCUCACAUACCUGAAUCUGACCAAGAAUGAGAUUAAUUACAUCGAGGAUGGAGCUUUUUCGGCCCAGUUUAAUUUGCAGGUUCUCCAGUUAGGCUUCAAUAAGAUGCGUAACUUGACUGAAGGGAUUCUCAGGGGAUUGGGCAAGCUGCAGUACCUCUACCUCCAGGCCAACCUGAUUGAGACUGUGACACCCAAUGCCUUUUGGGAGUGCCCAAACAUUGAAAACAUUGACCUUUCUAUGAACCGCCUCCAGGUGUUAGAUGGGUCUACCUUCACCAGCCUGACUAAGUUGACCACCUGUGAACUCUACACAAACCCUUUCAACUGCUCCUGUGAGCUCUUGGGGUUUGUAAAGUGGCUGUCUGUCUUUCCCAACCGGACAAGUGAGCGGAUGGUAUGUGACUCUCCUGCAGGGGUCUCAGGCUACAGUCUUCUAAGCCAGAAUCCGACCAAUCCCACAUACCGGAAUGCUCUGCAUAUGCUGUCCACUGUGUGCACGGAGGAUUAUGUGACUCCGUAUAUAUCUGUGCCUCCUGAUACCACCACUUUCCCUCCGGACUCCACACCAUGUGGGCUUGAAGACUGUCCCUCAGGUACUGAGCCGGAGGAAAUCAGCAUAAGUCCCACGUUCCUAGAUUUAGAUGUGAAACCAAUCAUGAAACUCAAACAAGUGUCUCACACGAACGCAGUAAUCACUGUUCAGAUCCCUUACCCCUACAAGAAAAUGUACAUCCUUGUGUUGUACAACAACAGCUUCUUCACUGAUAUACAGAAUCUGAAGCGACAGAAAGAGGACAUUGAACUAAAAAACCUGAAACCCCACACUGAUUACACCUACUGUGUGGCUUCAAUAAGAAACUCAUUGCGAUUCAAUCAUACUUGCCUGACACUAUCUACUGGGCCUAAGAAUGGAAAAGAGCGAGUAGCAAGUAAUGCAACUGCCACUCACUACAUAAUGACUAUUUUAGGAUGUCUUUUCAGUAUGGUAAUCGUUUUAGGCAUUGUGUAUUAUUGUUUGCGGAAAAAGAGGCAACAAGAUGAAAAGCACAAAAAGGCAGGCAGCCUAAAGAAGAACAUAAUCGAGCUUAAAUAUGGGGGUGAGCUGGAAGGUGGGACAAUAUCAAGGAUGUCUCAAAAGCAAAUGAUGGCUGGGGAGAGCAUGACUCGGAUGCCCUACCUACCGUCCGGCAGUGAAAUGGAACAAUACAAACUGCAAGACAUCAGCGACACACCGAAAAUGGCCAAAGGGAAUUAUAUGGAAGUGAGAACAGGGGAGCAUCCGGAUCGAAGGGAUUGUGAGAUGUCCAUGGCUGGCAAUAGCCAAGGUUCGGUUGCAGAGAUCUCGACAAUUGCAAAAGAAGUGGACAAGGUCAACCAGAUUAUUAAUAAUUGUAUUGAUGCUCUAAAAUCAGAAUCCACAUCCUUCCAAGGGGUGAAGUCUGGUGCGGUGUCAACUGCUGAACCUCAGUUGGUACUCAUUUCAGAGCAGCCUCAGAGCAAGUCUGGCUUCCUCUCACCUGUCUACAAGGACAGCUACCACCACUCUUUACAAAGACAUCAUGCAUCAGACGCCUCUCCGAAACGUCCCAGUACAGCUACUGGAGGUUCAAUACGAAGCCCGAGGCCUUAUCGUUCAGAAGGGUCAUACAAGUCAGAAUCAAAGUACAUAGAGAAGACUUCACCCACAGGAGAGACUAUCCUGACCAUCACGCCUGCAGCUGCAAUACUAAGGGCAGAGGCGGAAAAGAUCCGCCAGUAUAGUGAGCAUCGGCAUUCUUACCCUGAUGCCCACCAAAUUGAGGAGCUGGAAGGACCAGAAAGCCGGAAAACCUCUAUCUUAGAGCCUCUGACUCGGCCUCGGGCAAGAGACUUGGCUUACUCACAACUCUCUCCCCAGUAUCACAAUCUCAGUUACUCGUCUAGUCCUGAGUACUACUGCAAACCAUCACACAGCAUCUGGGAGCGCUUUAAACUCCAUCGCAAGCGACACAAAGACGAGGAGUACAUGGCUGCGGGCCACGCUCUAAGGAAAAAAGUGCAGUUUGCAAAGGAUGAAGACCUGCAUGACAUUCUAGAUUACUGGAAGGGAGUAUCGGCCCAACAAAAAUCUUAAUCUUCUCAAGUGUUUGUUUGUGUCUUUUCCAUUUUUGAUGGACCACAAAGGAUCAGGACCAUAAUUAAUCUUUAAUCUAGUGAAAUCAAAUUCUAAAGGAUAAAUAUUACACCACAGAGAUUUUCAACUUAGGGAAAAAGGUUUGUGUACCAAAAUGAAAAGAUGUUACUUAAAGCAACAAGAUGAGAAUAUAUUGCAAAUAUAAAAUAUAUAUAUAUAUAUAUAUAUAUAUGUUGAAACGGAUUUUUAUUAUUUGAUUACCGCAUGGCCAAGUCCUGUGACAGUGGAUUUGCUGUUGUGUACUGUGAGACUAAAAAGAAUCCAACAGUGACAGACAUCUUCUGAAAUCUUAGUAUUUCUUCUGCAGGACCACUGUAAUUUAUGGACCUUUUUUUCCCAAUGUUUCAGUUUGAUCUAAAAACAAAUGAACUAUGUACAGAUACUGUUUCUAUAUUUGCAACGUUUGCUGUUGAAAAAAAAUGAGAAAAAAAAAAACAAACAAAACAAAUAUAUAAUGUGUAUGAUUCAGGUUUAGACCAUGGAUUUUGGAGUUAGCUCCUGUGAUAUUAUCUGUCCUUAAAUGAAUGUUUACCGUCCUGAUGGAUAAACAUUGCACUGGUCAAUGAAAUGACAUAUUUUCCUUUAGGCCACAGUUUACGCUACCCUGCUUUGCCAAUUUUUCUUUCCGAUCCAUGCCACUGAUCAGACCGCACAAUAUUACACAAAGGCUGAUAUGAUGUUACAUUUGUGUAUCAUGACCACAAAGUGAAUCAGUGUGGUUGGGGUUGCGUAGAUGAAACAUCUGCAUACACGAUUGCAGUGUCAAAGUUGAAGAAAAUGAAAAGCAAUGGAAAAGUAGACCGUUUAGAUGUAGUUGUUUACCAGUAAAGCGAUCCACAAAACACGCACUUCUGCUUUGACCUUACGAUGCCUAAUAGUAAUGAGGGGUUUUCUGAUCAUGAACCAAAGUGCUUGGGUGGCAGCUCAUCACACAUUUUAUUUUCUGCAGAUGUUUCCAUCAAUCUCGAGCCAACAGCCCUACGGAUGAAUGUAUUACAUGCAUAACGCAGCCUUUUCAGCUGCAGUUUCUUUGUUGUUUUUUACAACCACAUGAUCCCCAUUUUUCAUGCUGUAUGCUAAGUUUUGAUAUUCAUACUUUUCAGUUUCAUGUAUUUGUCGUUUGUCAACAAUAUUCAAUCAAUGAGAAAAAAAUAUGUUUAUAUACUUAAGGGUGUUGUUUUAGGCUUUUCUACUGUUUGGCGGGUAAAAAUGCUUUUGUAAAUGUUGAAUGGCACUGCACGGACCCUGCAAUGAUCAAUGCUGAUCAGGAAGGUGAGACAUGAUUGAGAAAGACUACAAAACCCAGCCAAACUGUUGCCACUGGAUUUGUACAUCAUCUAGUGCAGGAAGUAACGGGGUUGUCCAAUUUCUUAUUUUCGUUUUUUUUUUUUUUUUCUUGCUUUUUUUUUUUAAACCGCCUUAAACUUCUGGAAAAUCUGUAUAAAUGUAUUUUCUUUCUUUGAGUGUUGAUGUUUUUGAAAAAAAAGUCUUCAUCUGUUGUCAUUUUUUUAAAAAGACAAUACAUUUCAGUAGAUUUCAAGAGCUGUCAGGUUUAUAGGUAAUCUAACAAGUAACCUACAUGUUUUUUAUAUUGCAUAGUGUAGCACUCCUGUAUCUCAUUCAACUUAGAAAUGUUGGGAAAUCUGUGAACGGAGAGCAUCAGAUACAAACAAGAGCACAAUGAGUGUUUUUUUGUAUUUCUUAAAACUAUGUUACCUGCUUUCAAACAAAUUACUGUGAAAUAAAGGAAAGGGUGCACCCAUAAUGUCAAGAUC